ACAACUGAAAACAAGUUUCUGCUGUACUCUGAAUUUGCCAAGUUCUUUGUUUAUAACCACAAAGCUGCGGGAUACGAAUCGAGAAUGGAUUUAUGGCAGAAAGUGAUAGAUCUUACGGUUUCGUUUGAAUUUCUUGACGAGACAUCCUGUAAGUUGAAAGUACAAAAGAAACAUGAGAGGAGAAAGGAAGAAGCUUACAACAAACUGUUGGGUUUUUACAAAAGCAACAGUCUCACACUAGGAAUUCUUCACUUGCAGAACUUCAAUUUUAAAGAAGCUGCAACGGUUUUGGAGGAGCUGAAAGAGGUCGAUCGAGAAAACUUUGAUAUCACACGAUACCUUGCACUGACGUACAUGAAGAUGGGCAGGGAACGAGAGCUACAGGUUUUGUAUCUAGAUCACAAGCCUGAAGAAGUAAAAGAGGUAUUUGACAAAGCUCACGAAAACGCUAUCCAGGCAAUGAUGGCGGGUCUGUGCCAAACGGAAGGUAGAAAGCUUAGGGCGGACACGGCUUUAGCGAUCGCACACAACCAGCUCCUGUUGAUUGGUCUUGGCAGUCGUGCCAAGACAGCUCUUGAACAAGGGGCUCAAGGUCAGCAGAUUCCCUUGCCGUCCUCUCAGCAAGAGAUGGAGGGUCAGAAUGCCACAACACUGGAUCAAGACACUCAGCACACAAUGUCGACACCUACAACCAUACAGCUAGACUCUCUGUGUAUCCGGUCAUACAGGGAGGCUGUCAGGUGCGGAAGUCUCCUUGCUAGCCUGGAGUUACUCAGAUUGAUACAAAACAACAUUGUUCAUGUAACUUCAAGGUGGACCUUCCUCCAGAUGCUUGCAGAAAUCGACGUGUGUUGCUCGCUGAGAAGCAGUGAUUGUCUACAUAAAGACCAGAAACCCCUCACCUUCAAACACGGUCUUAGCAGCCGCGAUACAGACAAAGAUGCAUCAGCGCUGAACUGUAAAACCAUCAAGCGUGACGACAGGGCAAUCCUAGAUGGGAGCCCGUUCUUCAGGCAGGCUUGGGAACAGCACUUCAGCAUGGAGAAAAAAAUAUUGAAACACAGGUUUGAAAAUAAUGAAGGGGAACUUGAGCUGGACGGCAGGGAAGAGUUGGAGGAGAUAACCUCGUCGGAUGAAAUCAUCCGCGCCGCUACCGAUUGUUGUCUGAAACUACGUCCUCUUUUGGACGGUAUUGUGGACAAAUUCGGGACAGAGGAACUCGGUAUCGCAGAGGAAACGAAGAACCAGUAUUUCCCUUUGAUGCUGGACGAACAGAAUGCAACAAAAAUUCAAAGCGAAUUGAAAAAAAGACUGAACACCAUCUUCAGCAUUGACGUGGACAAAAACUAUCCUAAGCUAUGGAAUCAGUUACUUAAGAUUCAACCAGGCUACAACUCCGGAAAUGAGUUCCUUAAAUCUUCUGCACCUUGGUUAACAAAAUGAAGCACAGAGAUGUUGCUUCAUCGGUGAGUAAAAUACUGGAUACAAAUAAGGACCCGGUUACCUUGGCUCGUCAAUGCACGGAUAAAGUUGAGGAGAUAUGCAACUUCUUCUUUGACGCCAUGAGAGAAGCCAGUGAUCUACGGAAAAGUGCGGAAGAGCUUGUGAGUGACAUCAAAGAUGGCAGACACGAGAAAGCUGACUAACUGCUGAAAAUACUGUCCAGCAAAGGAGACUUCGUCGUGCGGAUGGGAAGCACUUGGAAGUUGCUGGAGAUGACUGCGCUGAUUCGUCAGAGUAAAAGGCUGUCUCAACCACGUUAUUCGGAAGCUGAAGAAGCUCUACGCAAACUGACCGAGGGAACACAGGUGAUAUGUCAGAAACUCAGGAGGCAUCAUCAAGAGGUUGAAGACGCCGUGUUGGAAAACCACGAGGAUGUUCAGAUAUCGGCUAAGUGUAGGGAAACAUGCACAGAAGCUGUCCAAGCACUGGAUGCGGAGUUGGCUAAACACCAAACUGCAGUAAGAAACCCUGGUAGGGGAACCGACUCACAAACGACAAAAGUUGCAUUCCCAUUUCUGGACAUCUGUCCAGAUGCCGGACCCGGUCAGCAAAACGAGCCUGGACAUUUGAAGGGGAAAGUCAAGAAGCAGCUGAAAAAAGCCCUCAAUCAGAUGAGCAUUCCUGUUAAGAUCACCGACAAGCUGUUAGAAAUAAUCCUGCAGGCACAACCAUGCGUCUGUGAGGAUAACUACGGUUUCAUCGCUGUGAAGACGUUUAUCUCCGAAGGAAGUAACGACGGUAUGGUGAAGAUUAAGACAUGCAGCGGUGACGAUAAAUCCUUCAAGGUGUUGGACCUCACCCGCUGGUGUACAGAUAACACCGAGAAAGUUCUCUUGCAAAUGCAGUCUUGCCAGCCUGCAUCCUCUUCUUAAAGUGAAGGCGUCUUACGUUCGCCAUGUUCUAGCUAUGCUACUUCAGGCUUUUACAAUGAGAAUUUUUAUGGAACUAGUCANCAGUCAGUGCCAUUAUUGGGCCUAGCAAAAUGCUUCCAGGUAGUUGUAGCAGACUCUUCAAUUAUCAGUCUUUACAAAUCACGGACCAAUGACAGCCCUAAGUUUUUACAUUUGAUGUUUUCGUUUUAAUAGCUAGAAGUAACACCUGAUUUGUUUGGUCAUGCUUCCCUUGCUUAUUAUUUUGUUUGAUGUCUAUGCAUUUGUUUAUUUUGCGGAGUACUUUUGUACACUCAGUAAUUAGUCACAGUGCAGUGUUUGUAAUGUUAAUAAUGACGUCAUACAAACAGGAAAGGAGGUAAGUGAUGACGUCAUUUGAAAUUGCCCUUAGAAUGGCUUUCACUGUAGCCAGAGGCUCAAGAUCUAUCUGUAUCUAACUCCUCAUGAGUUCCAAGGCUACCAAAUUCGAGAUGUGAAAAAUAUGUGACCCAGAAGACCAGCAAAUAAAGCAGGCCUAUCAAAAAUGGCAAUUUGUAUCGGACACUGUAUAUGCGACAAAGUUAAGCUGGCUACAUCCGCUAUAAAUGAUGAGAACAGAACGAGAGUUAUACGGACAGAGCAAGGUGUGAAUGUGUACUCAAUAAUAUAAAUAAAAGGCACUGUAGAUUUAGACUAAUAUAAUGGAUCUUACAACACCGUGAGUGCCCUUCAGUUUCAAAACCAAAUUACUGUGUUUAAUUAGAAGUCAGAGAGGAGGUUUCAUCUAUGAUUGGUACUUGCCUAUAUUACUUGCUGUCAUCAAAGUAGUUUUAAUAUUCACAUAUUCAUCUUAAAAUUUACCACAAAACUAGGGUUAUGCCUACAAUUUUAUGAGUGAAUUCUAUGAGAAUCUGUUUAAUUAAAAAAUCAAUGAAACACUUCUCUCCAAAAUUAUCCAAAGUGAGAAGUGAAACAAAUAUAAUCACGAGUCUUAUGAAAAUCUAUCUAUUAAUUAUUCGAACGAGACCACUAAACAUAGUUUGUUGAAAAAAAAAACCUUCCUUCAAGGCUGACCAAAUCCUGUGUCACAAUACUUUCCAAGGAGACUCCUCACAUCAACCAACUUUACAUCGACGAGUAAACACAUUUGAUACGCAUACGCGCAAUUCAAAAUGCGCGAAAUCUGUCGACCCAACGCGCAGUGGGUCGACAAAUUUCAACAGUGUGCCUCCAAGAGUUUCAAAC